CUGUUUAUAAUUAUAAACUAUGUAUUGCCGUUUUGAAAAAACUGUAAGACGUUCAUGUGCUUUAAUAUGAAUACUAUGAAUAGCCGAGCUAAGUAUGAAACUGCUCAGGAACGGGUAUAACCUAAAGCGGCGACUUGGUUUAAGCCUGAAUACAAACAAUCAAUGCUUAUUACUCUGCACAUCCACAAUAGCACAAGAAAAAAUGAAAUUCCUUAACGUAGCUGAAAAAAAUGAUGCGGCCAAGAAUAUUGCCCAGCACUUAUCUCGAGGAACCUCGAGGAGGCGAGAGGGCUUAUCACAAUACAACAAAAUCUAUGAAUUUGAAGCUGAAGUGAAUCACCAGAAAGCUGACAUGGUGAUGACUUCUGUAUCGGGCCAUCUUUUAGGAUUGGAAUUUGUGGGGUCCUACAAGCACUGGCAAUCUUGUAACCCGUUGGUUCUGUUUGAUGCACCUGUCUUCAAAUACUGUCCUGAAAACUAUGAGAAGAUUAAGAAAACUUUAGAGAGAGAAGUUCGCAGCUGCCAAGGAUUAAUAAUAUGGACAGAUUGUGAUAGAGAAGGAGAAAACAUAGGGUUUGAAAUAAUACAAGUGUGCACCGCCAUCAAGAACAAUCUCCAGAUCUACCGAGCCAAGUUCUCGGAGAUCACUGCCGUGUCUGUGAGAAGGGCACUGAAUAAUUUGGAGAGACCAAAUAAGAACAUCAGCGAUGCUGUGGACGUAAGACAAGAGUUGGAUUUAAGAAUUGGUGCUGCCUUCACUAGAUUCCAAACCCUGCGACUGCAGAAAGUGUUCCCGAGUAAAUUAGCAGACAGUCUAGUAAGCUACGGCUCCUGCCAGUUUCCCACUCUCGGCUUUGUGGUGGAGCGGUACCGGGCUGUGGAGAGCUUUGUUCCAGAACCAUUCUGGAAGAUAAAAGUGAACCACACAAUGAACGAUCUGAGCGUGGAUUUCAACUGGGAGCGCAUAAGGUUGUUUGACCAGGAGGCAUGUCAGGUGCUCCAUGACAUCUGUCAGGAGAGCCCCAUGGCUAAGGUCUCUGAGGUCAAAACCAAGCCCAAGUCAAAAUGGCGGCCGCUGCCUUUGGACACUGUGGAACUGGAAAAAUCUGCUUCAAGAAAACUAAGAAUCAACGCCAAAGAAACCAUGAAACUGGCCGAAAAACUGUACACCCAAGGUUUCAUCAGUUACCCUCGUACUGAGACCAACGAGUACCCGAAAGAGAUGAACCUGGCGCAGCUCGUGGAGCUCCAGACGGGGGACCCCAACUGGGGGGGCUUCGCGCAGGGCAUCCUGGACGCCGGGGGCCCCACGCCGCGGCAGGGGAACAAGAGUGAUAAGGCCCAUCCCCCGAUACAUCCUACUAAGUAUACAAAUUCUCUCAAUGGCAACGAGCAACGUCUAUACGAGUUCAUAGUCCGCUCAUUCCUCGCUUGCUGCUUCAAGGACGCGCAAGGCCAGGAGACCACCGUGGCCAUCGACAUAGCCGGCGAGAAGUUCACUGCCAACGGUCUCAUGAUCAUAGCGCGGAACUAUCUAGAUGUUUACCCGUAUGACAAGUGGUCGGCGAAGGAAAUUCACGUUUAUGAAACGGGUCAAACGUUUAACCCUACGAGUAUAGACAUGGUGGACGGGAGUACGCAACCACCGCACCUGCUCACUGAAGCUGAUCUUAUAGGGCUCAUGGAAAAACAUGGAAUAGGCACCGACGCAACUCACGCAGAACACAUAGAAACUAUAAAAAACCGGUCAUAUGUAGCUCUAGCCGACGCAAUACACUUCGUGCCCGGGCUACUAGGCAUGGGACUAGUAGAAGGUUAUGAUGCCAUGGGACUCGCCAUCUCAAUAUCCAAGCCGCAUCUCCGGGCGCAACUGGAGGCGGACCUUAAGGCCAUUAGCGAAGGGAGGAAGGAGCCCCAAGCCGUUUUGGCUGAACAGAUAGCAAAGUAUAAAGAGGUGUAUCUCACAGUAACGGGCGAGGCCAACAAGAUCGACAGCGCCCUCGCCGAGCGCUUCAGCGAGCGCCCCGCGCCCUACGACCCCGCCGGAGCUCCGGCGCUAGACAUGCCCUCAGCGCUAAAAUGUCCCAAAUGUGGCUCGGACAUGGUGGUGCGUCAGAAGAAAAACAACGCCGACGAGUUUUACAUCGGCUGCCUGUCGUUCCCCAACUGCAAGAACGCCGUGUGGUUCCCCACCGUCGUCAGAACCAUACAAGUCUUGAACGAUACAUGUCCUACCUGCGGUCCAAACUACAAAAAACUAAAAUUCGAAUGGCGGAACAACUCCAUAAGCCACUUGUACCCCCCGCCGUACACCUGCUGCAUCGGAGGCUGCGAUACCACGUUCCUCGAACUCAUGAAAAUUAACAUCUCCUGUGUGAAAGCUGGAGCUGAAAAUAGGACACAAAACACUAUGAGUUCCAAUAGUAACCCCACAAGGGUUAACUCUAAUAAUGUACCCAGGACAACCGUCGAAGUCAUGCCAGCGAGGCAAAACUGGAAUCAAAACACAUCCGCCCAAAUACGUGCCCCUAAUCAGAAUCAGCCAAGGCAAUUUCUACCUCCGCCUCCGGCGAAUAGAACUCAAAAUCGACCGAACGCUGGUGCCAGAAUGCCGACCCCGAGGAGUGGUGGGGAUGGGCCAAGUGAUGACAAUGAUGUGCAGUGUGGAUGUAAUAAGCCCGCUAUUAUACUAACUGUCAGGAAACAGAAUGAGAAUUUUGGCAAACAAUUUUACAAGUGCGCCGCCGGCCGAGACAACGGCGGCUGCGACUUCUUCCUCUGGGCCCCCGACUCCCAGUCCCCUCACGCGGCCCCCCCGCCCGCCGCGCCCGCCCCGCGCACCUCCGACACCACCAGGGGGUGGGGCAUCGCGCCGAGCUUCCCCAGGGACAACUUCCAGCCGAAUGAUGAUGGAGUUAAUUGUGAAUGCGGGCUGCCUUGUAAAAGGAUAACAGUCCACAAAGAAGGUCCGAACAAGGGCCGGCCGUUCUACGCGUGCCCGAAGGACUUCAACUCACGCUGUAACUUCUUCCAGUGGGCCGACGGCGGCGGCGGGGGCAGCGGGGGCGGUAAGUUUCUCAAAUAA